AUGGGUCAAGACUAUUCUUACAGUCAGCCUUCUUCAUCAGAGGACUACGACUAUAUAUUUGAGGCAGAAGCUGCUCUGUACGCCGAUGAAGCCGACAGUCGGGACGCUAUUGCCGAGGCCUCCGAUGUAGCAAGUAGAGAAAGUAUCAAACACCACAAUCUAAACAUGAACCACAGCACUGGGUUUGUUAAUCUACUGCAUAGCCAAUCAUCAGUUGACCUUGAGUCAUCCGAACCUGUUUGGUUUCGGCAGCCAAGGUCCAGCUGUAGGAGACAUGAACCAAGUCACGGGUGCGUAUGGAGUUGA